AAUUUUUAUUAAAAAUGAUUUUUUGGCAAACUAGGCGGUACUAUGGAAAGCGGCAUAACUCUUUGUUCUUAUUUGGUAGAAACGCAAAUACCAAGUUAUUCCUUCCCCUGAUCAUGUUAUAUGAUCUCAGAAGGCGCUUCAGUUGCAGUUAGAAGUGGCAGGAAAGUUUUGGAACUAAAAAUUAUAUUACAUUCUGCGUAAUUUGUGUUUUAAAUAAUACGAUUAUAUUGUGACUUGAGAAGAAAAAGGAUUAUAUUCUGUAGUUAAUUAGGUAACUUUAAUAUGUUAUCUGACAUUGUAAUUUAUAGGUCCGUAAUUUGUCGUAAUUUGCAUCUACCUGCUUGAGAUUUCUAGAGUUUAAAGAACAUUGUAGUCUAAUUUUAUUGAAAGGUUUUUCUUGUAUUACUUUUCACGGAACGGUUCCUAUAUAAGUACAAGAAAAAGUAUCCAGAGAAUAUUGUAUUAGAUCCAGUGAGUGAUUUUGGUCAGCUGAAGCGCCAGAAAAUAAAAUUAUAGUUUAAUUAGAGAGACUGUAUAAUUUUACGAUGAAAAUUGUCGUAGUUGGUAGUUCACACGUUCGUAGAUUGGGAACUUUUAUUUAUGAUCGACCUGCAUUAUAUAAUUUCAACUUGAUGAACUGUGAGGUAAAAUGUCUUGGGAUCGGCGGCGGAAAAGUUCAAAUUCAGAUCAUGUGCAAACUAUUUUGUCUUUCAUAGAGAAAAAUCGUCCAGAACAUGUAAUUGUUCACAUUAGUGGUAACGAUUUGGAUAUAUUAGGAGCCUCAGAAGAUACGACAGAGGAAUUGGGGUUACGGCUGAUUUUAUUAUCCCAAACAUUGACAACCCGAUUUGAGAUUAAGUCAGUAACACACAAUAUGCCAACUUCUACCAAGAGAAUCGACACGAGUCAUUGCAUCAAAUGUGUAUAAUGAUUUAGUUAUAAGACUGACAGAUUUUUGAAAGCACAAAUAAAGGACCAACCACAUUGUCGUUACUGGGAAAUAACAGGGGUGAAAAUUCGGAUCGCAAUAACUAUGUUGAUGGUGUUCACUUUAACUAUGAUGUUGGCAUGCCAAAAUAUUUUCGAAAUAUAAGAGGGUCAAUUAUUCAAGCUAUGAAAUAAAGAAAGUUAAUAGCACAACCGUUUUAUCAGAAAUGCCAUCCAAAGAACCAAAAAGAUGUAAUCGUAAACGGAAAAGCACACAGAGGCUUGGAGAAGUUAUUGAAAACCUAGGCAGUUCAGAUUUGGGACUGGGUGUAUCUAUAGACAAUUCUGUACCAAGCUCUUCAAAUCCAAAUAUUAAUUCCGGCCAGCUGUCAGCUGAUAAUUCACCUGUACAGUCCAAUCCAAUUGAUCCAAAUACGUAUAGUGAUGACCAAAUUCUGAGAAUAUUGACGGUCGCAACUCCAAUUAUCACCCAAACAGUAGUUACAAUACCCAAAAGCACUGGUGUUAUUCAAGGCAGGAAUGUAAACUCACCAGAUCCAACUUUGAUACCAACACACCAAGGUUUUAAUUCCAUUUGUCCACCAAGGCAAGAUACCACUACAUGUAAUACAACAGAGAUGACGACACCAUCCCAGUCCCACUCAACAAAUAUUAUUGAUAAACAAUCAUCUGAGAGCAGUCAUCCGUCCUGCUCAAAUGUGAUUAGCAGAAGCGGUCAACAGUGUUUCAUGCCAACUGAAGGAUCUCCGAGUCAACAGGUGGUGAACCAUCUUCUACAGGGCACUCCAAACACAGGUACAUGUUCAAACGAGUUAGGAGGCCAGGGUUUAUCACGCCCACUGGCUUUGGGUGUGGACCCAAAACUGAAAGCUGAUAUUUGGUCUAACAAAUACAUUAAUCUGGAGGAUUUCUUGAAAUCCGAAUCCAGAGUUGUUAGUAUGUUCCAAUAGAGAAAGAUGAUUGUUUAACAUUUGUUAAAAAUAGUAGUAGUAAGGCAAAAAUUGAGUCAAUGGCACAGUGGCAUGAAGCUUUUCGCAUUUAUGGGGCAAUUUAUUUUGAAAAAUACCCUACUGAAUCCCCGAAGCUGAUGAAAUAUGCGACUAUCAUUGCAAACUUGGCAGAAAAAGCUGGAAUUGAGGCUGCAUUUUUUUUUUAUUAUCAAGCAUAUAGGUAGUGGAGGGAAGUAGACCCUUUGCACUUACCAUGGGAUGGUGUAAAUGGGGAAAUAUUCAAUGUGGCGUUAGCUAUGGGGCUUAUUGGGAAAACUAAUGCCACGAAACAGCCCUCUCUUACACAAAGCCUCACGGCUCCAGCCUUUAAACAGAAAAGGUUUUGUUAUGCUUUCAACAAUGAUUCAGGCUGCACGGCAAGAACUUGUAGAUACGAGCACACCUGCCAGGUUUGCGGUGGAGACCACAGCAGGAGGGAUUGCCAACAAUCCAAACACGAGAACGCCGAUUCGAACUCCACCAAUAGAAGGGGGCCCUGAUACCAGUCCUUAACAUACGAAUCUGUUUUAUGUGGUUUGAUGUUGUAUCUGGGGAUAUGGACCUCUGAUACGACACAAGGCUGUUCUUUUCAUGAAAUACGUUGAAGGGUUCAUUGUUCUUGCCACUGUGCCAUAAACGGGUAAUCAUGUUUAGAUCUAGAAGUGUAUUUUCAUUACAUGUAUAAGAGUGUAAUAACUUUGUUGACAGUAUAGUUAAUACUCAUUUUUAAUUGUAUCUAUAUUGGUAACUGUGAUUACGAAAUAUAAUGGGGACAUGGGCCUCUCUAUUUCUAAUCCCUUUUACAGACUUACGGUAAUAUUUUGUAUAGUGUAUAUGAUUAUUGUUUUGUUUAUGUUUUUGUUGUUUUUGUUUUUGUAUUUUCCUUUUUGUUUUUGUUUUUUAUUAUUUUUUGGAUUUGUUUUAUUUUGUUCUUGGUAUAAUUAAGUUGAGAUAUUUAUCAGAUAUACAAUCGUUUGCUACCAUUAUUUUUCAAGGAUAAUUUAACACAUAAUAAACUAAAGUAUUUAGGUUUGCAAUCAUGGUCAUGCAAUUUUAUGACAUAUUUUCCAAUUUCUCAGAGAAAUUAUAAAACUAACAGUAAGGAAUCAUCCCCUUCUGUCAUUGCAGCUGACGAUGGAGUGAACUCUGGUCGACCUGUUGUCAUAAAAUUUAAGGAAUCUCGUAAAGAUGGUGAUUAAAUUUACGCACUGUAAUAAACUAUGCGGGUAAUGAUGUUAUCUUUCAAUAAUAAUAAAAAAAAAAAAAAAAAAAAAAAAAAAAAAUAUAGAUAUACGAAUAAUAAUAAAAAUAAAUAAGAUAAAAUAAAAUUAGAAUUUUCAAUGUAAAUAUAUGUAUAAAUUUGGCUUUGGUUGCCAUGGGGACAGGGGCCUCCGGUAGCCAUUAUCAUUUUUUUUUAGGUUCUUUUAAUUCGUUAUAAUCAUGGGUUAGUUAUCGUUUAGUUUAUAGAAUGAAUACUCUUAGAUAGAAGUAGCUUUAUUCAGAUUUGUGAUUUCAUUUUUGAUAUUUUUGUUUUUCCUAUUUUUGGUAGUUAGGACUCUGUUUUUUUUUUGUUUUUUUAGAAUUUUUUAUCACUGGCUUGGAUGGGGGAUAUUGUUACAAGGAAGGCUUUGGGUAACAAUAUUGUGGCGAAUGUAACCCCAUCUUUGAUGGGAUGGGUCAAUAAGGUUUUGUCAUUAUAACCAUAUAUGUUGUUUAUAAAUAUGAUUUAUUGAUUUCAUUAUACAUGUUUUUCAUUGUGUUGCUUCUUCGUCAUUUUAAUAAUAAAUGACAGUUUUCAAUUCUUAAAUA